AUGCCACCAAGGAUAAAGCGCCGUACAACGGUAGCUGCGAGACGUAUCAUUGCGCUCGAAAAUGAAGCAGAGCUUGAGAAGGUUCCUCGGCCGUUUGAAAUCGUUAGCCGCUUGCCCGUCUCCACGAAUGAGCCCGACUACUCGGUCCUUGCCUACCCUUUAUCCAUCAAAGACAGUGCGGUACUCUACACGUCGCUAGCACGUUCGCGCAAAACGUGGCUCGACGCCACAACGUUCCAGUUGUACUGGUCAAAGGUCGUGAAGGGCGCCAUCGACGAGGCUGGAAACGAGAUCCAGAAUACAAAUGCGCGAGACAAAAUGAACAAGUUGUGUGACUGUAUGCUCGAACUAGGGCCCCACACGUUUGAAAUCAGACUCUUUCUUGUCAAGGACGAGCGAUCCACGAAAAAGGAAAAACCCGAGCCACGAUUCAUGGAGCUUGGGGUGAAGCCAGAGUACGGGUAUCACCCAAACGGUCCAAUUGUGUAUGCACCGGAUGUUAAGAGGAUCUAUCCCCCAAUACACCCCAUCCCGCAGCCACCCUUUCAAGCACCAAACGCCCAGAUAGCCCCGCCGGCCUCUUUAGAGCCCCAAAUAACCCCACCGGCCUCUUCAGAGCCCCAGGUAGCCCCUCAAACACCAACCCUGUUGGGUCCCACUGUGCCUAAGACCUCAAAUAAGCCGUUUGCAAAUCCUCCCAGCAGCGUCCUUCCGCUGAAUGCUGCACCGAAGCCCACUCCGGUAACUCCUGUUCCAUCACAAACUGAUUCUCCUGUACCAGCCCCAGGAAUCAAGCAAGCACCACCUGAUGUUGCACCACGACCACUGCCGCCCCCAAAUGAUAUCAUGCAGACGCCGGAGAAUACCAUGAUGAUCAACAACUUGAAUGCGAUUGCGCGAGUAGAUCCUCCAUUAAACACAUUGAUGAAGAUUGUUGCCUCGGGUGGCGCCUCUACAGAACAGAUCUUGGAGUUUCAAGGCUAUAUCCAGCGCGCCCGCGACAUGGGCUACGGCGGUCUUGCCAAUUAUAAGCCCCCACCCACCUCUAGCUACCGCCCGAUUGGCCCUAAGGGAGGCGCGUUUCCCAAACCUCUGAUGAAGAUGCCAAAGCUCCCCAAGCCUCCAAAACCACUAAAGGAAGCAAAACCUCCGAAAGAACCGAAAGAUGCCAGGCUAAAGGCGCCGAAGACGAAGAUUCCAAAGGAGCUUCGAUUGACCGCCUUCCAGGAAAAGUACUUGCACGAUGCGAACUUAGUAUUUGAGUUUGUGGAAAACAGCAAUGUCAGGUACUGGUUUCCCAAGGAGGCGAUAUAUGAGAUAGUGGCGGGUAGCAUGUCUGAUCCGAUUGAUGUUUCCGAUUUGCCAGACUUGGACCAAAUCAACACCGAGGAUGGCGAGAUUCUCGUGUCAUUCAUGGUAAUCCACAACAGGGUCGAAGUGGAGGAGUAUGAACGGUUGAAGCGUGAGCGUGCGGAGCGGAUCAAAAAGAAAGAGGAAGAGAAGGAGCGGUUGAAAAGGGAAGCUGAGGAAGCGAAGUUGAAAGAGGAAAUGGAAGCGCAAGAAGCAGCAAAGUUAAAAGAACAGGCCAUUACCAACGGCACUGAGGAAAAAGCCACAGAUGAGGCUACAAAGGAGGGCGAUACAGAUGUUGUGACGGAAGAGAUUAGGGAGGAGCCCGUGGCUACCAAGUCCCGCAAGCCCUCAGCGAAGAAAGGUGGCAAGGGUGGACGCAGAACCUCCCGCAAAAGAACCAGGUCAGGUCAAGGUGAUGCCCUGGACGACGAAGGUGGUUCCAAGGACGAUGAAGACGUAGAGCCGGAGCUCAUCGAGCCAGAUAUCAAGUAUACCACCAUGACCGUUAGAUUGUCGAACAUCCCUCACCGAUUCAUUCCGAUUGUCGUCAAUAGUUUCAAGCCCCAAGCAGACGUGGUGACGCGCAUGGAGUACAUCUUGGAGCACGGCACGAGAAUGCCCAAGUACCAGAUGUGGUACCAGCUCGACGGUAAAAGAGAUGAGCAAUUGGCGGAGUCGCUCCGAGUCUGUCUCAACGAGAAUGAAAAACACAUGGGGACUGGGAAGAGAAACAAGUACAAGAAGAGAGCCGUCAUCACCGCUGGCGCCUCCCAGCCAGUACACACUGGUGACCACGUGGAGAAAAUCAAGGUGAAUCAACUGGAAACAGUUCUGGGCGAUGUUGCAAUUACCUCUCUAUAG